AAACUCUUAUGAACUAAAUUGGGAUGCCCAACCAAUAGUAGUGACUAACAUCAAUUCCUAUUAACAUAAACUCCUAGUAGACAUAUGUAUGGUUUAUAUAAUUUAAUUUAUUUGUUUGGUUGACAAGAAAUAGAAUUGUAGUGCCCUUAUUUUAAAUUUUUGCUUCCCUCUUCUUUCAUUAGAAAUGGACUCAUUUACUUGGGUUUGGAUCCAGAGAUUACAUGUAGCUUUAAGCACAAUCGUAUCCAAGAGAUUACCUGGGUCUACAUGCAUAAAUCUUGGGUGCAUCUUUCAAGAGUGUCGAAGGAUUAUCUGGAUGGAGCACGCAAAUUCGUAGAUAUAGCUAAGGCGAAUGUAGGGAAUCCCGAAAUGAUCGUUUGCCCUUGUAGAAAUUGUCGAAAUCUAUCUCACCAAUUUUGCGAGAUUGUGUACGAGCACUUGGUCAUGGAAGGGAUGGAUCCUAAGUAUACUUCUUGGUUCCUUCACGGGGAACAACUAAUUGCAUCAUCACAUCAGGAAGAUAUUGAAAUUUCAGAUACAUAUAAGAUGUUCAGAGACGUGCAUUUUAAAGAUGAUGAUUUUGCAGAGUCUACAAGUGAAAGUAGAGAGAUAGAAUUAACACAAUCAUUAGAAGAUAUUGACACUCCUUUAUAUCCAGGGUGUACAAAGUACACUAAAUUCUCAGCAAUUGUUGCUUUAUACAAGCAUAAAGUUGCACAUGAUCUUUCUGAUGAAAGCUUUGAUGAACUUCUUCGAAUAGUGUCUGAUAUGCUACAAGAAGAUAACAAGCUUGUCAAAUCUAUAUAUUCAACAAAAAAGAUGCUCAAAGCCUUUGAUCUAGGAUAUAAGAAAAUCCAUGCUUGUGUGAAUGAUUGCUGUUUGUUUAGAAAAGAUUUAGAGCUUACGGAGACGUGUCCGAAAUGCAAUUAUUCAUGUUGGAAAGUGGAUAAACGCACUAAGAAGAUUAAAAAGGAGGUUCCUGCGAAGGUGUUGCGAUUUUUUCCAAUAAUACCAAGAUUUAAAAGGAUGUUCAAGUCACAAGAGAGGGCAAAGCAAUUAACGUGGCACUCCUCUCACAAAAGGCAAGAUGGCAAGAUAAGACAUCCAGUUGACUCAUUGGCAUGGGAAUCAAUCAAUCAAAAGUGGCCUUCUUUUGCAUCAGAUCCACGAAAUCUUAGACUUGGUCUUUCAACAGAUGGGUUUAAUCCUUUAGACAAUCUUAGCUCAAAGUAUAGUUGCUGGCCAGUGAUAUUAGUUACAUAUAACCUUCCCCUAUGGUUAUGCAUGGCAAAGGAAAAUAUCAUGUUGACAUUACUAAUUCCAGGGCCAAAGCAACCAGGCAACAACAUAGAUGUUUAUCUAGAGCUGCUUGUGGAAGACCUAAUAGAAUUAUGGACUAAUGGUGUCAGGGCUUAUGAUGAAGCCAACAACUCCAUGUUUAAUUUGAAGAUUAUUUUGAUGUGGACAAUAAAUGAUUUUCCAGCUUAUGGAAACUUAGCUGGAUGCACCAUAAAGGGAAAAGUUGCUUGUCCAAUAUGUAGUACUGACACAUGUUCACAAUGGUUGAUUAAUAGUAAAAAGACUGUGUACAUGGGCCACAGGCGAUUUCUUGCACCUGACCAUCCAUUUUGGAUGAAAAGAAGUUGGUUUGAUUGUAACGCCCUCAAAAUAACAACAUUAAACUAA